CGUUCGAGAUUAUUUUCGAAAAUUUCGGCAAAUCUUUGACGUUUCUCAUUCGCAGAAAUACACACACACUCAUGACGUCACAAACGUAACCAAAACAAACCACAAAAUUAUCAUCGUUUCUUCAACCUGUCCGAUUGAUUCACCGUGUCCAAAUCAAAUUAUCGCCCUCAAAUGUCUUUAUCGUCGUAGGCCGUACUGGUUUAACGGUGCUGGAUCAUCACCAUCUGCACGUCCAAGGAUCGUCACAUUCGGAACGAUGCGCAAACGGCAGAUCGAUACGCUGAAGAUAUUCAACCACAACGUACAGGAGGUGAAGGAAAACGAAGAAUAUCUGGUCAACUUUGACUGUGGCGGAAGGGAAAUUGCCAUCAACAUCCUGCUGGGCAGUGGAUUUCCGAACGAAAAGCCAAAGCUCAUCGUGAGCCCGAUUCUUCGCCAUCCGUGGGUUAAUGGCACUACUGGAGAGAUUGAAAAUGCUCCCGGGAUACUGAACUACACCAUACAUUCCGAUCUCGGGCGGGUAGUGCAAGCAGUGGGGCGGGAAUUUGAAAAACACCCUCCCCGGUUUGUAAACGAAUCCACACCCCAGCAUCACGCACCACCACCACCAGCAGCGGCUGCUGCUGCAGCAGCAAACCAACACCACCAACAGUGUCGAAAUGGCAACGUACCGGACUACGGUGUCGAUAAUCGGAAUGCCCUGCUCUCGCCCUCGCACGAACCGGACCCGUUCGGACUGCGUAAUCUCACCACCGAUGAGCUGAGCCGGUUAAACGCGGACGAAGACUACCUGGAAGAGUUCGUCGCCAAGCUACCCUUCCUGCAGCACCAGAACGACGAGCUGGAUCAACUGCUGGCGGGCAUAGAGUCGCUGGCCGUCGACAAUCUCGCCCGCAAGCAGACGGUAGAGGAGCGGAAAGCGAAGCUCGAAUCGUUGGCGCUCGAGUUCAAGGAGCUGGGCCAGCAGUGGGAAUCGAUGAACCAACGGUACCAACGAAAGGCGGAAGACUUUUCGCCCCAGCACAUCAAGGAACUGCUGCAGAUUGCCGUCUCGACCGCGGACAGCAAGAGCGACGACGAGGCACAGCGCUUUCUGGCCGGCCAGAGUGACGUUGGCACCUUCCUGCAGAACUUUAUCGAGUCCCGCAAGCUGUACACGAUGCGGAAAGCCAAAGAGGAGCGGCUGGUGCAGCAGCUGACUGCACUGGAGCGUGCCGCAUUUUGAGGUGCUCGGGAGAGAGCGAGAUGUUGUGCGCUUUCUUGUGAUAUUUUUCCCCAUCCGCCGUGUGAGCAGAUCAUAGUAUGUACUGUUGCAAUAAACAUGCUCUGGUGCCGAAUGCAAGCUUUCGGUGGCAAUGAAA